UGUCGAAUUGCAUGUGAACAUUUUUAACGGUCAUUGUGUCGGUUAUUUGAAUAUUGUAUCUAUACCCGUUAAAAGCAUUAAUUAAUUUAUAAAUAUUGAAUACUUUUCAAUGUUGUAAAUUAUUAUUAAUAUUAUUUUAGUUUCUCUUGAGCUCGAACUGUUAAUAUGGACAAAUUCGAAGAAUUAAUCCUUCGUUGGGUUUGUUUAUUUGACGACUUUAAGGAUACUGAAUAUUUAAACAUCCAAAAUCUUGUGUCCAGUACUUCCUUCAAAGAAUUUGUUGAUAAUGUGUUUUGUUUAAAAUGUUCCAUACCACUAAUCACAGAAAAAGAAAAGAUUUAUAACACUAUAAAAGUGAACUAUCACGAAUUUGAAAUACAAACAUAUGAAGAUUUAUUCAAUGAAGAAAACUCAUUUUAUACUUGUAUAGUAGUUCUAUUACAUGCAUUAUUAAAAUGUACAAAUAAUAAAUUCAGAGAUCAACUGAGUGAAAGAAUGGAUAGUGAUGAGCAAAUAUUACUUGCAAAAUUCUUAGAAGCUACACAAUUCUCAUUAUUUACAAAACAAAAUAUUUUAGAUGCAUUAUUAUUGACAAAUGAUAUAAAUAUUUCCAGUUCUAAUAUUUCAUCAGAAAUAUUUUCAAAUAACAUUACACCUAUAAAAUCAAGAUCUCGAAGUCAUUUACAAGAAUUUUGUGAGUCACCAAAAUCUAAAUCCUUAAUAUGUCAAGAAAAAGAAAAGAUCAUUGCUAAGCUUAGCGAGGAUUAUAAGAAUGAAUGCGAAGAAAAUUACAAAUUGGCUGAAAAUAUUAAAACCUUACAAGAUAUUAAUACAAAUCUAAGUUGCAAAUUAGAAGAUAAGGAAAAAAUAAUACAAUUUUUGAAAGAUGAAAUUGAAGAAUUUUCCAAACCUAAAGAAUCUCUUGAUAAUUUAAAAACUGAUAAUGCUUUGAUUUUAAAAAAAUUAAAGCAAGAUAUAAUUGAUUUGGAGAUUAAUAACAAUGAGUUACGACAACAAAUAACAGAAUUUGAAAAUAAACAUAAAGAUAUUCAAGGAAAAUUAGAAAAAAAAAAUUCAGAUUAUGAAAAUCUUCUAAGUACCUUUGAUAACAUUGAAACUGAAAAUACAUCAUUAAAAAAAAAUAUUGAUUUGAUAAAUGAAAAACUACGAAUAAAAGAGAUGGAAAUAACAUCCUUAAAAGAUGAACUCUGCAAUAAAUCAAUUUCAAUUAGUCCUGCAAAAUCAAGCAACCAAGAAACUAAUAAUAUUAUGCCUUCAAAUACAUUAUUUGAUGAAUUGAGUUGUCUUAAAUUAGAAGAAGUUACACGUGACAAAGAAAAAUAUAGACAUAAAUACAAAUCUGUUAAAAAAGAUUUAAUUAAUAUUGAAAAUCGUGUUAAAGACUUAGAUAAACAAAUUGAAACUUUGAAACAUCAUUUACAUAAUAGUGAAACUAAUAAAGAAGAACUUUAUAAUAAAUUUAUGAACAAAAAAAAAGAACUUCAAGAAAAUCAAAAAAAAAAUCAAAGUUUAGAAUCUAAAAUAAAGUAUAUGAAAGAUUCUAUUAAAGAUAAGGAAAAUAGUAUUGAAUUAAUGUGUACUAAAUUAGAGAAAAGAGAGAAGGAAAUUAAAGAAUUGUCAAUUGAAAUGGAUGUUGUUAAAAAGGCAAAAACUAUGAUAGAACUAAUUCUGAACAAAACUAACACAGAAAUUGAAGCAUUACAUGAAGAAAAUGAUAAAAAUGUUAAAAAAUUACAAACCAAAAUUGAAGAUUAUAAAAAGUCAGAAGAGUUAUUUAAUAAAAAUAUUGAUGAUUUACAAAAUAAUAUUAAAAGAAUGCAAGAUGAUUUGGCUAACAAAGAAGGCAAUAUUAUUUUUUAUGAAGAAAAGAUGGCUGAAAAUUAUCAAAGCAUUGAUAUUCUAGAAACCGAAUUAAAAAAAAUGUAUCAAGAAAAAUUAAUUUUACAAUCUAAUUUGAAAGAUAGCAAAACAGAAAAUGAAACUCAACAAAAAGUGUUAAAUGACAAAAUUCGUGAAAUGGAAAAUUACUUAGAAUACUAUCUAGAUGAAAUAAAAGAUUUAAAGAAUACUAAAACAAAAAUAGAAGAAAUUUUACAUUGCAAACAAAAUGAAAUAGACAGGCAAGUUGAUCUGAUCAAUUACCAAAAAAAUAUAAUUGAGACAUUACAAUCUGAAAAACGUCUCCAAGAAAUUAGUAUAGGCGAUCUAAAUGAUGCAUUGUUACAAAAAUCAAAUGAAAAUGCAGAUUUAAAGAAAAAUAUUUUAGAUUAUACAUUAAGUGUUAACACUUUAAAGGAACAAUUAAAUACUGCUAUAAAUGAAAAAAAUUUGUUAGAAAAAAAUGAAAAACAGAAUAAAGUUCAGAUGAAGACAUUAAAUGAAGAAUUUCAAAGUCAAAUUUUUGAUUUAAAAAAUGUGUUGGAAAGUCGUAAUUUUGAAAUUAAUCAAUUUGCCGUUGAUCUUGAAAAACUCAAAGAAACUUUAGAGAAAAAACAAAAUGAUUUUAAUGAACAAUUAAUUAUAAGUAAUAAACAAAUCGAAACAAUCUCGCAUUUACGUUUGGAAAAGUAUGAGCUUGAAGAGAAAUUUAAAUCUACUAGACAAGAUUUAUUUGUCAAGGAAAAUGAUAUAAAAUCAUUGGAAGAAAAAUAUAUUCAAAGUAAAUUAAAAAUUGAUUACUUAACUGAGACAAUUAAUUUUAAAAUAUCAGAAAAUCAUUCACUUGCUAAGGUCAUAGAAAAUAUUACCACAAAUGUGAAAAAUAUGCAGGAUAAUUUUGAUAAACAACUUUUUAAUGCAGAAAUUAACUUAAAAUCAUAUAAUCAGAAAAUUGAUUCUCAGACAAACAAGUUAUUACAAAUUAAAAACUAUAUAUUAGUUCAAGAAAGUGAAUUGAAAACCCAAAUAGAUUUGAAUAAUAAACAAAAUUAUUGUAUCCUAAAUUUGGAAAAUGAGAAACUGGACUUGUUAGAAAAAUGUAAAGAUCUUGACCAAACUUUAUUAAAUAAAGAUGCAGAAGUAAUAAACUUAAGAAAAGAACUUAAAGAUUAUAGUACAAUUAUACAAGAUUUAAAAGAAAAACUUGGUGUUAUGAGUAUAGAAAAAAUCAUGAUUGAAACAAAUUUGAAUGAAACUUCUGAACAAUUUAAAAAGGCACAACAAAAUUUUACUGAACAGAUCAAUGAUAUGUUGGGCAAAUUAAGUAACAAUAAAGAAGAAAUUAUUCAGUUGAAAAAUCAGUCCUUGAAGGUUACAAAUUUGUUGGAAAACAAACAAAAAGAACUUGACGAACAACUUAAGUUAACUAUUGAACAGUGUAAUAUUAUUAAAGAUAUAAAAACAGAAAAAGAAAUUUUAGAAAAUCAAGUCGCUAAUUCUGAUAAAAAUGUUAUUACCACACAGUUAGAAAUUGAAAAACUUAAAGAUGAAUUAGAUGAACAUAAAUCUUCCAUUUUAAAACUAAAACAAGAAUUUGACAGUGUAACAAUAGAAAAAAUCUCACUUGAAAAUAUAUUACAAGAUACAAUUAUGAAAAAAGAAGCUAUUAAUAAAGAGUAUGAUGAACAAUUGAAUGAGGUGAAGAAUUUUUUAAAAGAUAGUAUACAUGAAAUCAAUGAUCUUAAAAAAUCUUUGACCAUGAUGAAAAAUGAUAUGAAUAAUAAACAAAUACAAUUAGAACUCAUCACUGAAGAAAAUAAUAAAUUGAACAAAACUUUUAUUGAUACUGAAAAUCAAUGUAUUAAUUUACAACAUAAAUUGAAGGAGUCUAACAAUUGUAUAUUGGAAAAAGAAGAAAAUGUAAAAUUACUUAAAGAUCAAAAUACUGAGUACUCUGUUGCUAAUGAAAGUCUAGAAAAACAAAUCAUUGAAGUAAAACAAAUGUUAAAUGAUAAACAUAUUGAAUUAGAAAAACAAAUUCAGUGGUGCAAUGAACAAAGGGAAACUAUUGUUAAAAUUAAUUGUGAAAAAGAAUCUCUUUGUGAUAAAAUAAAAAACCUUGGAGAUACUUUAUCACACAAAGAACACAAAUUGAAUUUGUGUGAAGAAAAAUUAUAUGCUUGUACUAAUACAAUUAAACAUUUAGGAAACCAAAUAGAAGAAAUGAAAGACGAAAAAGCAUCAUUUGAAUUGCAAUCGCAUAAAACUGUUGCACAUUUAACCGAUAUAAACCAAAAUCUGACUAAUCGAUUGAGAGUAAUGGAAAAUGAUUUGUUGCAAAUUCAAGAAAGACUAAUUCAUGAACAAAAUGAGUUAGAAAAUCAAUCAAAACAGUUGAAUGAACAAACAAAAACAAUAUCUUUUUUAAAUGAAAAAAAAGACACAUUAUUAGAAGAAAAAAAUAAACUUGAGGAAUGUUUGGAUGAAAAAGAAUGUGCUCUUAAAUUAUUACAAGAGAAAAUAAAUAAUCAUGAAAAACAAAAAGAAGAAUUCAAAACUCAGAAGAUGAAUUUGGAAUCGAAACUCAAUGAGAAAGGAAAUGAGUUAGAAAAUAUACAACAGGAAUCAAAGCAGCAACUUGAAGAUAUAGGCAGCAAAUAUAUUGAAAUGCAAGAAUUAUUAAAGAAAAAACAGAUUGAAAUUGAUAAAUAUGUAAAUAAAUGUAACUGUCAAAUAGAAACAAUUACUCUUUUAACAUCAGAAAGAGACAACUUAAUUAAUGAAACAAAUUCACUUAAAAAUACUAUACUGAUUAAAGAUAGUAAUAUUACAACUAUGCAAGAAAAAGUUCUCGAUUAUGAAAAACAAAAUGAAAGUAUUAAAAAUGAAAAAAUUACUUUAGAAAUUGAUUUAAAGCAUACUAAUAAACAGUUAGAAAUUACUUGUAAUGGUUUAAGAAAACAACUUGAAGAAAUGGAAAAAAAAUUGUCUAAUUAUCAAAAAGAGUUAAAUUCUGAACAUGUAGAUUUGUGUGAAAAAAACAACUUGAUAGAUGAAACUAUUAAACUUCAAAAGUGUUUAGUUGAAAAUGAAAGUGCUUUAGUAACAAAUCAAAAUAAAUUAGAAGAUUUUAAUAAACUAUAUGAAGAAACCAAAUGCAAAAAUAUCUUAUUGAUGACUGAACUAAAUGAUCUUAAAUGUCAAUUUGAUAAUUUACGUGAAGAAUCAACUGAGAAAAUUAUUAAUAUGGAUAAAAAGUUAUGUGAAGCUCAAAAACAACUUGAUGAUAAGCAAUCUGAAAUUGAAAAACAAAUUGAACUAAAAAAUACCUCAUUAGUAGAUAUUUAUCAGAAAAUAAAUGAUUUAAAAAAUAUAAAAAAAGAACUUGAGUCAAUACUCAAAAAGGAAAAAAGAGAUUUUGAAACACAUUUAGAAACUUGUUCGAAUUAUUCACAUAAUGUUAUUAAAAAUGAACCUACACUAGACCAUCAAGAUUCAUUGAUGGAAGUAAUUACUUCUGCUGAUACAUUCAUAGAACAAAAUGGAAUUCAAUUAAUACCAGUUGGAAAUUGUGAUGAUUACUCAAUUAUUGAAAGACUUAAAAAACUUUUUGAAGCACUAAAAAUGUUUAUAGUUAACAUUAAUGCUCAAGGAAAUAAGCAGAUCUUGGCACAUAAUGAGUAUGCAUCUAAUGAAGCAUAUGCUGAAUUACUUAUCAAAUCAAAUAGACAACUUGAAACCAUAAAACAAUUGGAAACUGAUAUGUCUGAAUUGAAAUCUGAGUGCAAUUACAAAAUGACAAAAAUUCAACAAAAAACUCAAGAGUAUAUUACGAGUGAAUAUGAAAAGAAAUUUGAACGUAAACGAGAGCAGAUGAAACAAUUUUGCAAAGAUUUAGAAACAAAAAUACACCAAGAUUAUGAAACUAAACUAAUGAAAUACAAGGAAAAGAUAAACAAAGAUGAAAUUCAUAUUAAAGAACUUGGUCAGCAAUUAUGGGAAGUUAGUGAAAAAUAUUUAAGAUUGCAACAAAAAGAAAGAAGAGAUUCCACUAUGUCCUUGCCAUUUGAAAUUUCAGGAAUUUCUCAAGCUACAUAUGCAGUUCCAAAGUAUAAUUCUUUUACAUUGCCAAAGUCUAAUUCAACCAGUCAAAUAAGAUCACUUGUUGAAGAAACUACUCGUUCCAAUCAAGAUAAUGCUAAAAGAAAUGUACCUGCUGGAAUUGGUAAAAAAUUCACCUUAUCGUCUGGUAAAAUAUUCCCAAAAGAAGAAGAUGAGGAGGGUGAAAUGUUUAACCACUCAUGCCUUGCUGAUUUGAAACAUGGCAAAGUAAGACUGAAUGAUAAUUUUGAUAAGCAGUGCAAUGAACGUUUAUCAGAAUUACAAGCCCGCAACUCGCUUUGUCCACCACAUUUAAGAAGUUGUUAUGCCGUUGAAACUAAUUAUUUGCCAAAUGCAUCAUUAAUUACAGAAGAAGAUAUUAAGACCUUAGCUAACUAUAGUGAUUGUGAGAGUGAAAACCUUAUUCCAAAUGAUCGGAACAAAAAAAAAGAUCGUAAUCAGACAUCAUACAAAAAACCAGGCCCCCCAACCCCUAGCAAAAAUGGUGGUCGUGUUUCUUUAUCGGGCAAUGCUAAAAUCACAUUAAAAGAAUCAAAAGAUUCUAAUACCAACAAAAGACGAGCCAGCAGCACACCAAACAAAUUAUUCAGCCUAUUCAUGAGCAAAAAAAAUUAACUUUACACAUUUAAUUAUUAUGUUUAAAUGAUAUAAUUUAAAACUAGCCAACUCUUGC